GCGAUCCCGAAGUUUAUUCCAGGGACAACAGAUGUUACUGAGUACUCGAAGAAGCUCGAGUUCCUGGCGGCUAUGUGGCCGAAAGACAGCCUCUCCUUGCUAGCCCCGAGGGCAGCCCUUCUUUGCGAAGGAAGUGCCUUCAAGAAGGUUGCAGGCCUUUCGCCUGACAAGUUGAAGGCCAACGACGUGAGUGGCGUGAAGCUCCUGGUAGAUACACUGGGAGGAUCAUGGGGCCGUACGGCCAUCGAGCAGAAGUACGACACCUUUGAGAAAGCCAUCUUCGGAACAGUUCAGAAAUCAGAUGAGCUCCUGGCCCAGGGUGUUAGCUUCGAAGAAGUAAGGGCCUAUAUCCUUCUCCGACCAUCCUCCUUGACUGCCGAAGACCGCAAACGAAUUGUGGUGGAGUUGGAUGGCCAGCUAAACUACAAGAAAGUCUGUGCAUCUGUGAGACUGUUGGGGUCCCGGUUCUUUGCCGAUUUUCAAGGACAGAGGGGGGCCUUGAAGACCAAAACCUAUGAUGCCCAUAUGGUUGAAGAUGUACCAGCAGAAGAACCGGAGCGCGCCUAUCAGGCAAGCGCGCCUCCUGUCGCCGAGGAGCCCGAGGAUUUGGACUCCGAGUUCGUCGAGGCCAUGGUAGCUGCAGAGGAUCAGGAUGCAUUACAGGUGCAGGCCUUUGAGGAGGAGCUAGAGGGCUUCUUCCAGGAGACCCCGGAGCUUCAAGAAGCUCUGGUGUCAUAUCUUGAAGCCCGCUCAAGGCUUCUGGCCAAACGAAAAUCCCGUGGAUUUUGGCCGGUUCAAGCAUCCAAAGGUGCUAAGGGUGGCAAGAGCUUUAAGGGGAAAGGCAAGGGCAAAUCAGCAAAGGAGCAGCUGCUCCAGAGGAUCGCGAGAAGUCACUGCAGGGCUUGCGGGGAACGUGGACAUUGGAAAGCUGAGUGUCCUAAGUUCGGCAAGCCUGGCUCAAAGUCUGAGGCCGCGACGACAGUGGCGCAGGCCUCCACCGAUGCCUUUGGAGGUCCCCUUGGCGACGAGAUCCUGACCGAGCUCCCCGAGGAAGCCAUCACCCUAGCCGAGGUCGUUCAUGGGCACACACCCUUCCUUUUCAGCAAGAAGGCCAUCAAGCAGCUGGGAGGUCUGUACCUGCUCGACCUCGCCCAUGCCACACUGAACUUCACGAUGGCGGAAGUCGAGGCCAUGACCCUGCAGGAGCACGGUCAAAUGAUCGUGACCUUCGGCACGAAGGUUCGCGGCCGCCGUUUCGAGGAGGUUCUCGAAACCGACCCAGCCUGGGUGAAAUGGUGCCUCGAGCACCUUGCCGACAGCACCAAGCACUCGCACAAGGUGUUUUUGCGCUACGUGGAGCGCGUGGUGGAGCAAGCAGAAUCCAUAGAAACCGAGCUGAUUGUGCCGCCCUACGGGCACAGUCCGAGGAACGAUCGCGGCUCUCAUGCCAAGGCUGCAUCCAAGAGCCGGGCUGCUCCUCGUCCGAAAGCAGCACCCGCUGCCGAGGACGAUCGCUGGGACAUGAUCAGCGAGUCCAGCGCCGUGCUUCAGACCGAAGUGAAUGUGCUCACGGAGCGCAUGGCUCACAUGGAGAACAUGAUGCAACAGCUUGUGCAGCAUCUGAGCGGCGCGAAUGUAGCCGCCCAGAAGCUUCUUAAAGACAAGGCCAAUGUAACGGAGGGUAAGCAGCUACUGCGUAAGGAGAGUCCCCAGCGCGACCAAGUGCGUCGUCGACUGGAUGUCUUGCAGCCGCAGUCUGUGCAUGAUACCGCUGAAUUGCCCGUGCCCACGUGGGAGCCCAUCUUUCAGAUGGCCCAGAGCUGUGCACAGAAGGAUACGCUUGCGCGCAUGGAUAUCGAGAGUCCCAUUGUCAAUGAUGCUGCCUUUGAUCAAGCCCUUCAGCAAGCGGUCUUAGCAAAGAACUCCUUAGUUCGACACGGUGGGUUUUCACCUGAGCAAAUAGUCUUCGGGAAAUCACUUCGGGUGCCAGGGAGUAUUACUUCUGACGAAGAAACUUCAGCACACAUCUUGUCUGAAGGUGCCGAUCUUGAGUCUGAGUUGUAUCGUCAGAAGUUAGAGCUUCGCUGUCGGGCCCGACGGGCUUUCAUGGAUGCGGAUAACUCCCAAGCAAUUCGUCGUGCCUCGCUCCGGAGAAGCAACCCCUCUCGGGGACCGUACAAUGCUGGCAUGUGGGUCCUGUACUGGAUUAAGAAAUCGUCGCCAAACCGGUUAGCUGCAGGUCGCUGGCAUGGGCCAGCUAAGGUUAUCUGUAGCGAGGGUAAGUCGGUGAUUUGGUUAGCUCACGGGACCAACAUCAUCCGAUCGGCGCCUGAGAAUUUGAGGCCUGCUUCUUUGCGUGAGUGGCAGCACUUGUCAAGGGCACAGCUGGAAGAGCCAUGGAAAAAUGUAGGCGGGGCUAGUUCUUUCUUAGACUUAACAGGCGUGUCCAACCCCGAGCCAGCACCAAUGACCAACCUGCCAGCAGUGCCAGAGACAUCUGUCCUCGUGCCUCAGCCCGGUGCGCCAGGUGCUCCAGCUGCAAGUCCAAAUAAUCUUCCCGAUGAAGUACCCCAACCCGAACAGGAGUUGACCCCGCAGGUGAGUCAGGAAGCAUCUGGAGUUGAGCGCGAUCCACUUCUCGGAACCGCUGCCCCUUCAGACACUAUCCCAACAGUAAGUCUACCCGCCGACGAUCCUAAUCCUCAAACUACACCUAUACCCGAUUCGGAUGAAGGGCUAGUCAGCGAUCACGUGUUUGUCUCUCAACAAGAAACCGGAAUCUUGGAUGAGCACGGCCACGAGCUUCUGAACUUCACCACGGUAGAGACUUCAGAAGAUGCUGUAGGGCCCCCGUUAGCAGAGGAUAACCUUCCCUACAUCCUUGAGCCCCUAUGUCCUUCGGAACAUCAAGCAUACUGCUUAGAAGUUCCCCUUAAAGCAAAAGACAUGCGUCGCUGGGUGAAGGAGGAGGAGUCAGAACAAUUUGCAACGGUUGCCGCUGCCAGCAAACGAGCUCGUGCCGAGGUUUGCGUGAAGGAUCUUACAGCAAGUGAAAGAGAGCUAUUUGAGAAGGCCAAAGAGAAAGAAAUUUCUUGUUGGUUGCAGACUUCCGCAAUUCGGGCCAUCCUUCGCAGAAAGUUGAAUCCUGAACAAAUCCUGAAGAGUCGAUGGAUUCUAACGUGGAAGGCUCCCGAAGAAGGAGAACACCAGCAGAGGGCAAAGGCGAGACUAGUUGUGUUGGGUUUUCAGGAUCCCAAACUGGUAGAAGUAAUGCGAGACGCCCCAACUCUUUCUCGAGAAGGAAGAGCCCUGGUCCUUCAAACCAUAGCCUCCAAAAAGUUCAGACUUGGAUCCUUCGACAUCAAGACAGCGUUUCUUCGAGGAAAGGCAGAUGCCAAUAAUCCGCUGGCAAUGGAGCCCCCUAAAGAGUUGCGCAAAGCCCUAAAUUUAAAGGAUGAUGAAGUCUGCGAGCUUUUGGGCAAUGCCUAUGGCCGAGUCGAUGCACCAUUGUUGUUCUACAAAGAGCUAAGCCAACAACUUCUGAGCCUAGGUUUUAUUCGCCACCCUCUCGAGCCCUGUGUCUUUCUUCUUUAUACACAGGAACAUCUUCAUGGUAUCCUUGGAAUGCAUGUCGAUGAUGGGGUAUGUGGGGGUGAUAAGGUCUUUGCCCAGAAAGUAGAAGCGCUUCAGAAAACACUACCGUUUGGCAGCCGGAAGCAUGACAGAUUCACUUUUACUGGAAUUUAUCUUGAACAGUUGUCCGACUACACCAUCCGAGCCAAUCAGGGGGACUAUGUUCGAAACAUACCUCAGAUUGAUAUCGGUCGCUAUCGUCGUCAAACUCCGGAUGCCGAAAUCAGUGAAGCUGAGCGCUCCAAGCUCAGAGGACUGGUUGGUAGCUUGCAGUAUGCAGUAACGCAUACCCGCCCCGACAUGGCUGCCAAACUAGGGGAGAUACAAAGCUCCAUACCAGGCGCCACCGUCCAAACCCUCUUGUCGGCAAACAAAGUGCUUAGAGAAGCUCAGGAGCAACAUCAGGUUCACAUAGCCUACCUUCCCAUCGCGGUUGAUAGGUUAACAUUUGUGUCCUUUGGAGAUGCCUCCUUCGCUUCGUCCAAGAGCCUGAGCUCUCAUCAGGGCGCCUUGCUCUGCGCGACAGAUGAGCGUUUGCUUGCUAAUCAAGAAGUGGGUGCCGACAACGCUGCAAGCAGCAGAUUGUCUGACCAAGCCUAUGGACGCUUCAGUUCUCCGGACAAUACUGGAGCAGAGUAG